CCUCCUCCUCCUCCUUCCUCCCCCAUCAGGAUCGGGAACGGCAUCAUGGCGACCAGCGCGGUCCUUGAUGACAAUUUGCCGACCUACAAGCUGGUGGUGUGGGAAGACGGCGGUGUGGGGAAAGGCGCGCUGACCAUACAGUUCUUCCAGAAGAUCUUCGUGCCGGAUUACGAUCCCACCAUAGAGGACUCCUACCUGAAGCACACGGAGAUCGAUGGGCAGUCGAUCCUCGAUGUGCUGGACACGGCCGGUCAAGAAGAAUUCAGCGCUAUGCGGGAGCAGUACAUGAGGACUGGCGAUGGGUUCCUGAUUGUGUACUCCGUCACCGACAAAGCCAGCUUUGAACACGUGGAUCGCUUUCACCAACUCAUCCUCAGGGUCAAAGACCGAGAGUCGUUCCCGAUGAUUCUCGUCGCAAACAAAGUUGACCUGAUGCACUUAAGGAAAAUUUCCAGCGAACAAGGGAAGGAAAUGGCGGUAAAACACAACAUUCCAUACAUUGAGACAAGUGCCAAGGACCCGCCGCAGAAUGUGGACAAAGCAUUUCAUGACCUCGUACGAGUAAUCAGGCAGCAGAUCCCAGACAAGAGCCAGAAACGGAAGAGAAACACCAAGUGGCGAGGAGAUCGCUCCACGGGAACGCACCGGCUGCAGUGCGUGGUCUUGUGACACGUGGGCGUGCGGAGUACAAACUAACGAUGCCAUACACUGCCAAGAUCUGCACCCACCACUACCCCGGGCCUUGGAGACUGCCUCCUCGUUAAUACUUGAAGAUGGGCCGUUUUCCCUCCCUUUGUGCCCCCCCCACUCAUAGUGUGGGGGGGGUGUCUGCGGUAGCUCUGCCCACAGCGACAGAGUGUUAUCAUCUGCUGCCUACCCAACAAGCUUGUAAUGAAUGGCAGACACUGAACCUGGGGGUGCUCCUUUGCCCACUCGGCACAUUAAGGCAUCUCUGUGUAUGGAUUUUGGGUUUUAAUCCCAUCUCCACGUGGUACAUUUAUUUAAUUUUUUUAUAUUCUUCCUGUGGCAGAAACAAUAUUGUUUGGUCUUCACUAUGGAAGAGGCAGCAGAGGAUUUGAACGGUGAGGCAGCACGCCAUUCGGCUGCGGCGAUAGA